AUGGACGAAGAAUACAUUGUACACUCGUCCAAUUUCUUUGGCGAUCCUCCCCAUUACAUGAUUGUCUGGCAUGCUGGAACGCAAUACUCGAUCCGUGUACCUCUAGACGACCUGGUUGGAACAGAGUUUCUCUCUACAUAUGAGGGACUGCUCGCGGAGCUCAACGAGAAAGAUGAAAAUGAUCUACCAAAGAACCUCCCUUUCGAGAUCUUUAAAGCCCUCCAACAGCUAGUAUGGAAGACUUGCAUGCCAGUCUCUGAAGCCUAUGCAAACACAGAUCCCUCCAAACCAGAAAGCCUGCAAGAUUGUAUCCAGCCCCCGACAGUUCACAUUGCCUUUAGCAAAGACGCACGCGUUGAAGGCGGUGUCGUUGGGAAAGUGAUCGGAGACGUUUCGAGCAAUUAUCCUUGGGAUACAUCUAGGGCCGCACUAGCCAAUGAUCAUAUCACAAACAGCUACUGUUGGGACGCAGCUCCAGUGCCGAAACAAGACUUGAGACUGAGCCCUGCGGUACAGACAAUCCAAGCGAGCGAGUUGUUUGUCACCAGAAAAGCCAUCAAAGCUGGUCCAAUGCGGCAAGUGCAUACCACCAAGGGAACCAAGUUUUUCUUCAAGCCUCGCUUGGAUCUCAUGGUUCCUGAAUUUGAUCGCGAGGUAUCUGUGCUUGGUGAAAUAACGAGGUUUGGAUUAGAUAGAACGCUCAAGGUGUCACCAUUCAAAGGGCUGGUCCUCCUCGACAACAGACUCGUGGCCGGGAUGUUGUUCGAAUGGUUAGAGGGGUGGCCGCUAGCAGAACAUCCUGAGCUGUCAAAUCUCAGCUUUCACAAGCUCUGGCAGGAGCAAGUAGAGGCUACUGUGAAGGAGUUACACCGGCACAAGGUCGUCUGGGGCGACGUCAAUGUCCACAACAUUUUCAUUGAUGCGAACAACGAUGCCUGGGUCAUUGAUUUUGGUGGAAACUGCAAUGUGCAGUUUGUCGACGAGGAGCUCAAGGAGACAUACGAAGGGGACACCCAAGGAUUGCACCGGAUCUUCGAAGAGUGGAUCUCUGCUAUGGGUAAGUUGUGA